AUGAGCCGGAAUGGUUACAUCUACUACAAGACCAAUGGCCAGUUCCUGUUACGAUUCGACAAGGCAUUGCGAGUUAUCGCAUAUGUCUGUCGCUUUAUCCAGCGCUGCAGAAAUCCAGCGAUCCACCUCCCUGCUGAGCUUCGUAAUGAAGAACUUACGAGAGUUCAGGGCCUACUUAUCGAGUAUACCCAACGCCAAGCUUAUUCUAAGGAGUAUAGCUGUUUACUUGAUAAGAAGCAAAUCCUAGGUUCAAGCAGCAUUCGCAACUUAAACCCCUUCAUUGAUCAAAGGGGCAUUCUACGAUCCUGUGGACAUGUGAGAGCGUCAACCUCAUUCGAAUAUGAUGAGCGACAUCCCAUUAUUAUUCCGGCCAAUUGUGAUUUUUCACGCCUCCUGGUUCGAUUUACCCACCAUAAGAGCCAAAUACUGGAUCCCAAAGAUCAGGGUCCUGGUAAAAUCUACCAUAAACUCCUGCAAGGUUUUGCCGGACCUUUCGAUAUCAAAACCUUCAUUGGUCGAGCGUGCAAAAUCACCAAGAGUUAUGUCUGUGUCUUCGUGUGUUUCAGCACGAAAGCAAUCCAUUUAGAAGCCACCACAGACCUAACAACGGAGAGAUUCCUGGCCGCAUUUUCGCGAUUUAUAGCAAGACGUGGCCUUCCCCAGCAGAUGUAUUCAGACAAUGGGGAAACAUUUGUGGGAGUCUCAUCCGUUCUUUUGGAGAGAUUUCUUGCAAGCAACCAAGGAGUUCGGCUUAUCCAAGCACAGCCAUCAAAACUUGUGUUGGCAUUUCAAUUCCCCUGGCGCUCCUCACAUGGGCGGAUUAUUGAAGCCUGUCUUAACUCCAGGCCAAUCUCUCCAAUGUCGGAAGAUCCGACCGAUUUAUUGGCUCUAAGUCCAGGCCACUUACUAGUUGGCGGCCCUCUUCUGUCAAUUAACGAGCCAGUAAUCCAAGAAGAGGCUAUUUCCAUAAUUAACCGCUGGCGGCGACUCAAGGCACUCUACCAGCAAUUCUGCUUUCGGUGGAAGAACGAGUACUUGAAAGAGCUCCAUAAGCGGAACAAAUGGCAGUCCCCUACAAGGGACAUCCAGGUCGGUGAUAUGGUGAUUAUCAAGGAAGAAAAUCUAACAAUAAAUGAGUGGCGCCUUGGCCGAGUCCUUCUCGCUUGCCCAGGCAUAGAUGACAAGGUCCGCGUAGUGGACGUGCUUACCGCUCGUGGUGUCAUCCGAAGGCCAAUAGCCAGAUUGGUCCUUCUUCCCACUGAGGCGAAUAAUACCUCCGACUAA